AUGCAGGGUCUUACAGCCGUCCCUACAUCGGUGACUCUGUCCGCUGAGCAAUUUGAAAGGUUGUACUUGACUCCAAUGACGCGCCAUCAGCCUGCACUAGCCAAGCAAGUGGGAAACCCGACACCCCUAGCAUUAGGAGGAUUCGUUAUCACCACUACACCGCUUUCGUGUUGCUUGAUGGCCUGGAGAGGUGCCAGUGGGAAUGGAGUCGCGCUCAUCGGCCCUAUCGUGUUCCUUGGUGGUCUUUUAUUGCUUAUCACAAGUAUUCUUGAGUUUGUACUCGGAAACACGUUCCCCUGCGUUGUAUUUGGUACUAUUGGAGGAUUUUGGUUUGCAUUUGCAGCUACAAUGAUCCCAUCUUUCAAUGCAGCCGCUCCUUAUUCCCCGACGGCCAACGAUACAGCCGCCGGAUUGUCUAGCACUGGCUUCUUGAAUACCUACGCAUUUCUGUUCAUAACUAUGGCUGUUCUAAUGUUCAUCUUUAUGAUCUGCGCAACACGCACCAAUAUUGUUUACACCCUCAUUUUUCUAUCGCUACUGAUUGUUUUUCUUCUGUUGUCAUCCGCAUAUUGGUUAAUGGGUGAAGGAAAUGCCGCCACGGGUGACCGAUGCGUAAAGGGGGCCGGGGCUUCACUCUUUGUUGCUAGUCUGCUUGGCUUUUACUUACUUAUUGUUCAGCUGUUCGAGGCCCUGGAAUUCCCAUUCCAUUUGCCGGUUGGAGAUUUAGGGAUGCUUUGGACCAUUACUCCACAAAAGGGGGAGCGACACGAUAUCGAAGAAUGUGCUGCCAUUGGUCAUAAUUGA